AUGAGCGAUACCAAAGUUAAUAAAAAGCGUUUAAUGUCUUCCGAUGAAGAUGAUAAAUUGGAAACAGAUACCAAUAUUUUAGAUUCCAAAAAAUUGAAAGUAGACUCUGAAGAUAUUGUUUAUCCUAAUGAAUCUUCUCAAGUAGAAGGGUCCACUCAGUGGAAAUUACGAAUUAAGAAUGAAUUGGAAACAGAUACCAAUAUUUUAGAUUCCAAAAAAUUGAAAGUAGACCUUGAGGAUAUUGUUUAUCCUAAUGAAUCUUCUCAAGUAGAAGGGUCCACUCAGUGGAGAUUACAAAUUAAGAAUGAAUUGGAAACAGAUACCAAUAUUUUAGAUUCCAAAAUAUUGAAAGUAGACUCUGAGGAUCCUAAUGAAUCUUCUCAAGUAGAAGGGUCCACUCAGUGGAGAUUACGAAUUAAGAAUGUACCUAAAUUUGCGUCGACCAAAAUGAUUAAAGAAUUGUUAGCUAAGCAUAGUUGCGGUGAUGUUAGAAUUAAAAAGUCCCAUUCAUGGGACUUUUGCUAUGCUUUUUUCAAAACGCAAGAGCAACAGAUGCAGGCAAUUGACAAAUUAAAAAAUGUUAAUUUCAAAAAUAGGACGUUAGUUGUAAAUAUUGAGAAUAUUACUGAGCAAGAUCGGCAAUCUCUGUUUAAUCAAAGGCAUGAAAAAAGAAAAAAAAACUUUUUUGAUCCUACUGGUGAAAUUCAACGUUCGCCAGAAGAAUUGCUCGCUGACCAAGUAACACCGUUGCACAAACUGUCCUAUGAAGAGCAAUUAAACCAUAAGGAAGACUUGAUAAAAAAGUCUCUUUCUAAAUUCCGUAAUAAAAUUAAGGAGUUGUCCGAUUCAAAUCUUCCUUGCAUUUUACAACCGAUUAUUUCUUCACCUAUAAAUGAAGGAUAUCGAAACAAAUGCGAGUUUACUAUUGGAAGAAAUUUCAAUGAUGAAAUUACAGUCGGUUUUUUAUUAGGAUCUUUCAAAGACGGAAUUAAUACUGUUAUAGAACCGGAUAAAGCUCUUAAUGUAAGCGAUUUAGCAAAAAAGAUUGUAAAGGCUAUGAAGGAUUACAUUGUUAUGUCUCCAUAUGAUGUAUACGAUACUAAGAACAAAAAAGGUACAUGGCGUAUGGUUACUGUACGAUCACAAGUUAGUGAUGAUGUAAUGAUUAUUAUUCAAAUUCAUCCGCAAGAAUUAACUGAAGAGAAAAUAAGUCAAGAAAAAACCUUUGCACGUGAAGAAAAUUUUAAUUUGACAUCGCUUCUUUUGCAAAUAUAUGAUGGGGUUAAUAAUGGAAUAGCCGAUGAUAAACCAUUUGAUUGUAUAUCUGGUACGCAUUUCAUCUUUGAAAAGAUGAUGGAUUGUAGGUUUCGUAUAUCUCCUAGAGCGUUUUUUCAAACAAAUACGCUUGCUGCUCAAGUUUUGUAUGAAAAAUGCGGUGAAUAUAUAAAAGAUUUAUUCGUUUCCAAAAAAGAACCUGUAAUUUUGAUUGAUAUGUGCUGUGGAACUGGAACUAUUGGGAUUGCGUUGUCUAAAAGCUUGGAUGAUAAAAUUAAUAAGGUUAUCGGAAUUGAACUUUGUGAAGAAGCCGUUGAAGAUGCAAAAUUCAAUGCCACUUUAAACGCAAAUGCUGGUACAGUAGUUGCAAUUGUGGAUCCACCUCGUGCGGGUGUUCAUAAGAAUGUAAUUAAAGCACUUCGUGAAUGUAAAGCAAUUGAUUAUUUUUUGUACGUUUCUUGUGACUGCAAUUUGGCCACUCAAAAUUUUAUAGAUUUAUGCCGACCUACAACCAAUAAUUUCCCUGGAAUUCCAUUUAAACCGGUUCGAGCAGUUGGUGUAGAUUUAUUUCCACAUGCAAAACAAGUAGAAUUAUUAAUUGAAUUUCAUAGAGAUAAAGAUUAUCCAACCAAAGAUAGUUUAAAAAGUGAUUAA